AUGUCUAUGGAAAACACCCCAGUAAAAAAAGUUAUUAAUAAGCAAAAUAAUAACAUAAACCACUUCUGUCGAAUUUGUGGUAUCAAUAUACCUAUUUCUGGCAGAGGGAAGCUAAACAUUUUCGAAGGCGCCAAAUCAGUUCGGGAUAAACUUGCUGAAAGGUUGUCGUGCAUUCUCCAAACUUCUGUGUCGAAGGAUGGAACCUCUUCUACGAUAUGUUUGAACUGUAAGAGGAACCUCGAAAGGUUGGAAAAGGCAACAGCCGAUCUUGUUAGAUUUAAAGAAACGGCCGAGAGAACUGCUAAAGAGCAAAGAACAUUUAUAGUAAAUGACAAAGAGAACUCUGGUGAACGCUUUAAAACAUGCAAGUUUUUAGAUUCUCCAAAAAAUGAAAAGCCCGUGAAAAGAAAAGCGUGUGAAACAGAAGUUCGACGAAAUAUUUUACAGCCAACGCCUAUGUUUUUAACAGAACUUCCGAGUCACGACGAUUUGUUUGUGAAUUCCCAACCCGGAGUUUAUAUGAAUCGUUCCAAAACUAAGGUAGAGGUAAGUUUUUAAAAAAUACAAAUACUAUAAUUUACCUGUAAAAACUCUCAAAAGAGCUAUAGUAUAAAAGUAAAGUUGUACAUUGUACAAUACUUGAACAAAUUUUAAAUAUUGAGCUUUUGUUUAUAAUGUAGGUGACAAUAGACUAUCCGUCUACACAGAAGCGCAAAACUAUAACUGAAGAGUUAGAUGCCAAGAUCAUAAGAGGUGUUGCUAACAAUGAACGUGUUUCCAUUGCAAAUGCCGUAUGGGACUCAAGAGAUCUUAAAGACAUGAUCAUGUGUAAAAUUGAGAAGGCUGUUGUCAAUCAAUUUAAAGGACUUUGCAGUAGAAGAAACCCAUCCAUUCUGGCCAAUUCUACACCUCAUAAUGUAAUAAACAUUACAGAUGCUUGCAUCGCUUCUGAACUAAAGAAUCGUGCACCUACUAUGGAAAGAAUUCUUCGCGCUGCCGUCUCAGGCAAAGUUAAACACACCGUUGAAGAAGAAUAUAAUGAGAAGGAUAAAAAAAAUGUGAGGGCUUUAAGCAUGGCAACUUCUAUAUUAUUAAGAUGCCGAAACCCUGCACUUUCAGCACUAAGUUACCGGUUGUCCUUAUUGUUGUGGCAUGGAGGUGCUGAGAAACAGGUACUUUAUUUUCUUUAUAUUUGUAUUGCAAACAAACAAGCGAAACAUGCGGUUUUCAUUUCUUAAACACGAGCAAGUAGAAUAGUUUUACGAGGCGACAGUUAGGCAACUUUAUUCAGACGGUUCAGUGUUUUCGUCUGGUUUACUCUAUCAACGUUUCUGUGAUUACAGUAGGAAUUUUGCAUAUGAAAUUGUAAGAAACAUAUGAAGCGACUAGGCAAGUGUUUUAACACUGAAUCAGUUAUUUAUCUAUAUUAUUUACCUAUGCAAAAUUCCUAUUGAGUAUUGUUAUCACAAAAACUUUAAUAGAGUUUAACUAGCCUUUACUGAUUUCUGAGACGUUCAAAUGGCUUCAACACUGUCCAAUUGACCAUGCUGAAAGUGUUUGAUCAAAGAACUAUAUUGAAUGAAUGUUUGAAAGUGUUUAGUUGAAAGUGUUUAGUUUAUUAAUACCAUAUUAAGUCCCAUAUUAAAAUGUUGAUAAACAUGGAGAGGUUUCCCCUAUAAGGGGUUUCCCCUAUAAGGGGUUCCCCUGGCGGAUUUCCUUGCCCUUCCUGGUGAUUAAUUUUUAAAAUUUAUACAGCCCUAAUGGUAGCCAUUAACAGAUGCUUAAUUGAUGUCAGCCAUAUUAACACAGUACUACUGCUUUAUAGCUAUUCAAAAGACUGAAUAGGUGGGGAAUUUCAAUGAGUCAUUGGAGAACUUUAAAGAAGGUUGAUGAAUUUGGCUUGAAUUUUGAUGAGCAAAUUAAGACAUGGAAACAAAGUCUUGAGCAUAGCCACAACCUUGAAUCAGCUGUUAGAUUCAUCCAGAGUAUCAAUAAAGAAGAGCUUGUUCCAACAAGCCUUGUUGGUCCACCAAUUAUCACAACUGAAUCUGUCAGUGAUAGUCAAAUAGCUAAUCCUUCAUUUCAAACUGAGUCACUACAUACAAAGUAUGGUAUUGAUGAGAACAUAUUAAAAGAGAAACUUAAAGCUAAAGGUGCAGUUGAAGGAAGUUUCAAUGAGGCUAUCAUUGAUGAAGUCAUGGAUAAACUUAGGAACUUGUGUAAUUUACAUGCUUCAUACGAAGAAAACCUAAAAUAUACUCAGAUGAAUAUUGAAUUGUCUCAUGCCCCUGGGUAUCAACUGACUGGAGACAAUGUGGACUUGUAUGUUAAGGUGAAGCACAUGUCAAGCACAAAUCAGAAUUCCAGUAUACAUUGGUUUAACAUAAAUGCUGUCCUCAACAGAGUGAAUAAUAAUCAGCUGAACAAUAACAAACCAAUCAUGUCCGUUCUUGAAAUGGAGAACUCACAGUUUCUUCCAUCUGCUCAAGAUAACGUUAACAUCCUUCAGGAUUUUAUUCCUCUUGUAAGUCGUGUUCUGGUAACCAAUAUUUCUGCAUUGCAACAAUUUAAGAAAUCAGUUGUUUGGCAUAUACCACACAAGUAUACCAACGAGAUGAAUCAGAAAUCUACCCAGGUGUGAUAUAUAGUAUAUGUAUAUUAUAUUUUUUUCAGUGAUAUAUAGACACCCCAGGUAGAUAAAUUGAUAGGAGUAAAUUUGUCACGGCAGUUGAUUGAAAAAGGAUCUUUUAACAUUUGUUGCAGAAACACUGGGAGCCUGCCAGAUUUUUUAGUUUUGUUGCUCAUCCCUGCGCAAGUCCAAAUACUUUUGGUUAACACAUUAGACUGGCGGCUUAAAGUGUAGAUAAUAUUUAAAUUAAGUAAGCAAAGAGAUGUGUAAUUGAUCUCAAACUUUUGUCAAUUUGACUUAUCAAUUUAAAAGCUAUUGAGUAGGUAAAUAGGGCUAUACUCCAGGGUGUGAUAAUUCACAAUUUUUAGUCGUACCUCACUGGUACGCCAAUGAUUAUCAGGGCAUUUUUUAACUAUAUAACUGGGGGGGGGGGCAAAGCCCCCAGCCCCCAUGGUGACCCCCCCCACUCAACUAUUUUGCCCCCCCCCAAAUCAAAGUCCCUUUUCUCUAAAAUAUAAGCAAAACAUGGAAUUUAGAAGGGAGGUUUGAUAUUCUAGUAACUGAAAUUUGCUUUGUGAAUCUAAUUAUGUCCUGUCUUUUACUUUAAUGCUAAACAUUGUGUUGUAAAUACCUUGUUAGAUUUUAAACAUUUUCCAGUGGAUUGCAUUUCCCAGACCAUAUAGAUUUGAGUUGUUGGAAGGCUCGGCUAAACAAGUUAGUGACCGCAGGGGCAACAGGCCCCCAACCCAGUGUUUUAUAAGAGGGAGAAUAAUUUUGGUCCCCCACCAUAAAAAAACCAAUUGAUUUCGAAACUAGAGGUAUUUGAAAUCGUAUAUAUAUAUAUAUAUAUAAUCAAAUAUCUGUAAUCGAUAUUAAUUGGUAACAACAUUUAAUUCUCGUAAUAAUCCAUCCUGAUUCGUGGAUAGCAUAGACUCAUAAAUCAUAUAAUGAACAAAUUAAUGAAAAGGCCUAACAAAAGAGGUAUAGAGAAGACUUUGAAAAUGCCAUUUCCGACAAUUUAGAGACGCAAAAUUUUCAAUAUUUUUCCACCCUGAGCCAACCAUGGUGGCGCUAAUCGUGGGAGGCGGGCCCUGCAAGUUUAUCAAGCUGGCUCCCCGUGACGGCCAAGUUGUGGUAUCUACAUAAACAUACUAUGCAAGUACUUAACUGAAUGUUCAGUCUAUAUACAGCAUAAUGUAAUAAGUUGUGGUAUCUACAUAAACAUACUAUGCAAGUACUUAACUGAAGGUUCAGUCUAUCUACAGCUUAAUAUAAUGCCGUAUGCCCUGUAUAUCCAAAAAUCUGUUUCAGAAAAUGCAGGGAAUUGCAGUCAUAGGGGUAGAAAAUACAAAAUUUUUCUGGGGGACAAUACCCCCAGACUCCCCCUUCUAUUAAAUGCGAUACCUCACCAAACUUUUUGUUACCAACAAACCAUCUAUUAUUUCUCCACACUCGGUAUAGUAUGGUCCCUUUUUGUAGAUGCCCCCCCCCCCACUGACGAAUUCUUAAAAAAUGCCCUGAUGAUUAUUGCUGCUUACUAAUGAGCUGCAUGCAUGAUUAAAACUCAAGAUGUUAGUUAGUCUUUAAAAUGAAGUACACAAAGUACAGGUUUCUGAAAUGUAUUCAUUCCGCAACCUGAAAAAUUAUAACAAGUAGUGCAAUUCCAUAUAUACAAAUACUACAAUCGACUCGAUCUAACAUUGCUUAGUCCAGUCAUGUUUCAUGCCAAGACAUGUCAGUCAUGUACUGACUUUAUUACGGUUUUGAAUACAUUGGGUUUGGAAAAUCGAAUGGCACCAACAAAAAGUAAGUACGCAGAUAGCAAGAGUUCUACAUACCUACAUGGUACUUGGCUAACAAAUAUGUACCAGACCGUAAUGUUGGCGUACCUCCGGUACGUAAGUACGUGAAUUAUCACACCCUGGUUACUCAGGUUACUGCAUCAGUUGCAGCUAUGAACUUGGCAUUUACAUAUAAUAUUGCCAAGAUUUGCAUUAGUAAUCUUCUGUUCAUUAAUGUCAUGUUGUAGGUACCUGUUGGACUAUUAUUUAAGAAUGAGAACAUAAACGAAGAAAUGAUAGACAUUCUUCAAACAAUUCACAACAAAUAUCUACCUGUAAGCAAUGUCAUUCAAAAUAAAGAAGAAAGAACCAUAAUUGUUAAUGAGAUGCUGUUCUUUGGUGGAGAUCAGCUGACUGAUGAAAGGGGUCGAAAUUGCAUAGAUGCAAUGUCUGAUGGUGAUACAAAGUUUGAACGACUGGAAGGUUUUCUAUCAAAGGUGGAAGAUUGGCAUGCCAUACGAAUUCUUUACCAGGUAUAUAUAAGAGACCAUUCAUUAUUUGACUGGGGUGGGCUGGAAAAAUUCAAUUAACAACUAAAACAAAAUGUCCUGCCCCUCUUCAUCACAAAACAUUAAAUGACCCCAUUCACAUUAAUUGUAAAAAAUCUUUCCUGACGAGUAAAAUUGUUACUUAAUUAUAAACACAAUGAUAAUAACACAAGUUGUUGCUCUUUUCACAAAAUGUUAUAUGCUGUAAUUAUAUAGUCACCCAGCUGGUAUUACAUGGGCAAAUUUAAUUAAUAUAUACAAUAUUAUUGCUUCUCUGUUUAGAUUCUAUACGACAUAUUCUUCAAUACAAAUUCAGGAAAUGAUGUGGGUACAACAUGCUCAAACCUUAAUGUCAUUAACAACUCAAAUGCAAAGACUAAAAAUGUCCUUGAUAAUUUCAACCACUGCAAGGAAUACAUAAACCUGGAGACCAACGCAUUCAUUCUAGCUGCAGCAAUGACACACUUUAGCAUAGACUCCCUGGAAACACCAGCAGAAUGUUUCAUUCCUCCCAACAUUUUAAAUGGAACUGAAAAAAUGAAACGAAUAUGGUUGCACAAGCAAAUUGAAGAAAUGCUUUUAAGGUUGGUACUUUGCUUUAUAAAUGAUUGA